AUGCCUUUAUUUUUGGGCUCGUAGUAUUUUCUUAAAGGGUUCUUUUGAUUCAAAGUUAUAUUUAAAGGAUAGUCCACCUCAAUUAGGUCGUUGUAUCUAUGGCCAAGUUCAUUUUCGUAGGCGGUUAUUGUGAUGUUGUUGUUAGAAGCAUCUUGCGUCUCGUUAAUCAAAACGACAAAGCGAUCUUUGUCGAAAUUGUAAUCAGUAGAGGAAACUGUUAACAAGUAAUCGCCAAUAGAAAGGUCUUGGAGCGUUUUAAAGGAGCCAUCAUGUCUCAAAGGCACUCUGAAUUCGAUGUUAUCAGAGGAAGGGUGGCUGAAAUUGAGCUGCUGGAGAUGGAUGAAAAAGUGGGUUGGGUUGAUGCUGGAUAAGUCAAUGCCAGACACAGCUCCCUUGAUGGAAUAAGCAUUUGCAGCAUUGAGCAGCAAAAACAACACCAGCAGUAGAACCAAAGCACAGCAGUUGAUGAGUCUCAUGGCAAGUGUUUCGUUGGAAAUCAACAAAAGCACUUCUUCAAAGACCUCAAAAAUUUCAUCGAAGAUCAAAACUAGAAAAACAGACGUACCACACUUAUGUACAUGGUACCGCGCUUAUGCACACCAUACCGCAUUGCAUAUACGCACAGUGCUGCACAAACAAUCCGAUAUACACGUGGUAAUACACGUUCACUUAUGUGGCCACUUAAACGGGACCUCUUUACCUGUUAUUGUUUCAACACUUCAGCAAUUUGAACUCAUCUUCAGCUGUUUCUUCUCCAUCUGCUUCUUCUCCAUCUGCUUCUUCUAUCUGAUUGCCAUCGUCCACUGCUGCUACUGUUUAUUCAAUCUGGCCCAUCUAUUGAAGCAAAUGGCUAGUAUUACCAACGAGCAUCUCACAGUCAAGGUCUGGUUUCCCAAUCCAGGCGAUGUACCCUUCGACACCACCAUUAAAACCACUUUGAGCAAUACCCUCGCCGACUUGAAAGACGUAAUAUGGAAGAGGAGUUACCAGCAUUACGAGAAUCUAUCUCUAAACGAUGGUGAUAAUGAUCAUACUGAUCAAUUAGAUAAUGCUGCCAAUUUUUAUGGUAACAAUAACGACUCACCCCUACCCGACUCAGAAUCAACUUCCACUGUCCCAGCUAACAAUCCUUUGAUUUUGUAUCCUGACACCUACAAUUUUGUAUUUGAGAACCUGGAAUUAAAAAACGACGAUUUAAAAUUGGAGGGGCUAUUUCUAAAUCAUAUUGUCGAUUUUAACACCCCUGAGCUAUUAAUGAUAAAAUUAACUACUGCUGAAAACUUGCAAAAUAAAAAUAUCCCUUCAAUCAAUAACAUCAAUAAUAUUAAUACACGCACACUCUACAGAGAUCCAUUUUUAGAUGUAAAUUUUACAUUUAUACAAGAUGAAUUAGAUGCCUUUGAUUUUAAAUUCUCCACAAGAGAAAAUCUAUCUUGUACAAUUAAAUCGUUAAAAUAUUUUAUUCUAUCAAACUUUACCAAAAAGGGUUUUUUAUCAAAUUUAAAACAAAGUUCAAUUGAUGAUAUCAAUUUAUACUAUAAAAUUAAUUUCGGUGAAUUAAAUCAUCACAUUUCUCACGAUUCAAAAGAAAAAGAAAAAGGAAAAGAAAAUUUAUCGGAAAUUGAACAAUCAAAUAAUCAAUUUUUUAAACGUUUCCAUUUUGAUCUUAGUUCUAAAAAUAACAACCUUGAUUCAAAAGGAAUACUACUCCUUAACCACCAAACCUUAUCUGAUAUCCUAAACCUAGAUACAAUCCCAAACUUCGAUCUAAAUUUGAUCAUCUCCUUAAAUUUAAUCGACAACUUUCAAAAAAAAAUCAGAAAAGAUUUCACCAAAGUUAAACUAUCUUCUCCAAAUGAAAACAAUUUGUCUAAAAAAGUCAUAAUGAUUAAUAACUCAGAUACAAUAAUAGAUCUAAAAUUCAAAAUCACUCAAUUAUAUAACCCAGGUCAGAAUAUUACCCUAAAUUCUGAAUUAAAUACAGAUGACAUUAAAAUUAUUUAUAGAGGAAAAUUUUUAAGGGAUGAUUUAAUAUUUAAAGAUUUUAAUGUAAUUGACAGUUCUCUUGCUUUUGAUGGCUUGGAUAAUUUAACUCUACAUUUCGUUAUUAGCCAAUCUUUCUUUGAGAGAAACCCUCAAGUAUUAAAUUCAAUCUCCAAAAAUAACAAAGAUAUAAACAAAAAUCUCUCUAAUAAAUCUGAAUCCCUAUGGCAAUCAAUAAGAAAUGGCUCGGCUUUUGAAUAUUUACCAAGAAUUCCCCAAGAUGAUUCUAAUAAUCAUAAUACUCAACCCACUUCUCCUUCUUCUCCUUCUUCUCCUUCAACUUCAACUUUUUCACCUAUACCAUUCUCAUCAAUUUUCCCUUCUACUACAUCAUCUUCUGCUACAUCACCUUCUCUUCCUUCUCCUCCUCCCCCUUCUUCAUUGCCAUCAUCAUUAUUCCAGGCUCCUUCAACUUUAACUUCCAUAACUGAUAAGAAAAAGUUGUAUUUAAAUAAACCUCCUGCUUUUACUGAACAUUUAUCCGGCAACUCAUUUGAUGAAUCAAUUAACUUUAAUGAUGACUCGAAAGCUAAAUCUGAAUCUCGGUUAGUCCACGCUUUGGAGAAUUCAUCCAAAUUCUAUAUCUUCAAAGUUGAUGAUAAAAAAAUUAAAUUAUCAACCUCACAAAUGAUAAUAAAUGAUUCAAAUCCUGACCAUCCCUAUCUUAUGCUAUCUCCUUCGGGUUUCUCUAAAUUAAAGACACAAUUAAAAGAAAUUCAAUCAAUUAUUCCUCCAAAAGUCUUACUUAAAGAUUCAAAAAGCUCAAAUAAACCUCUCAAAUAUUCAGCUCCUAGUAUUUCCAAUGAUUUUCAUUCAAACAUUCCAACUCCUAGCAUUAAUAUUAAUAAUAAUAAUGAAAAUUUAAAUCAUAAUAACGAUGCCAAUACUAGAAAUACUAAUCCUAGUACUAAUACUAACACUAACCCCAGCCCUAAUUCCCAUACAAAUACAACCCAAAAUCAAAAUCAAAAUCAAAAUAACAGAGGAAUAGCCAAUGAUCAAGUUCAAGACUUUUUUGAAAAUUUAAAUAAUAGGUUUUUUGCUCCUCCUGCUUUUAACCCAAUGUUAAAUCCUAUGAUGAACCCUGCCUUCCAACCUGGUCAAGGAGGUUUCAUUUUAAAUAUAAAUGGAGUAAAUGUGAAUAUAACAAUGGAUGAUUUGAGAAAUCUAAAAAAUUAUAUUGUGAGUUUUUUCAGAAAUUUGUACGAAGCUGGAUUUUUUAGAAGGCUCUUUUCCUUUUAUUUUGCUGUUGCUAAAUUUUCAUUCUGCUUUUAUCUAUUUCUUUAUCCAUAUUGCAAUUUCAAAACCAAUUUCUGGAGAUCAGUUCUUUUAGUUAUGCUGUUUUUAAUAUUCUUUUUAACAAGAGAUUCUCUUUUAAUCAGGUUAGAAGAGAUUAUCAGAAAUGACAUGCCUGAAAUUCUAAGGCCGAUAAUCUUAAAGUACUUUUUAAUCUAUAGAAAUGCAAAUCACAGGAUUCAUGAUUUUUUUCAUAAUCUUGGCAAAAAUUUAAAUUCAUUUGCAAUUUCUGUUGAUAGGAUUGAAAUCGAUUCAAAAGAAUAUAUUCGAUUAACAUCUUCAAAUGUCGAAACUCGUGAACCAUCUGACGAGAAUAUAGAUGAUAUUAUAAAUAAUGAAGAAUUGGAAUUAGAAAUUCAAACAGUUAUAGAUGAGAUUAAAAACAGCUUAUUUAAUGACGUAAACAAUAAUAAUCUUCUAUUUAAUCAAUAUGUUCAAAAUACUUAUUUAAGAAAGGGAUUUAGUAUAGCAAAAAGAUUUACUAAAGAUGCAGUACUCUUUGUAACAAGCUUGAAUCCUGUUCUUUAUGAAGAUAUUGAUAUAGUUACAACUAAGAGAAAGGCUGAGAAGUUGGCUCUAAUAUCUAAAGAGAUUGAAAAAAGGCGAACUACUAGUAAUGAAAUUACUGCUGAUAAUUCUGGAGCAGUACAAACUGGAAGUUUAACAACUGAAGAUGAGGAUAACACUACAACACAGGAAAUUCAUCGAAGAUUAACAUAAUUUUCGAUUAACUAAUUGCUUUGAAAUCCAAUAUGAUUUUUCUUGUUUUGAAAAUAAUUGUUUUUCAAAUGAACAAUUUAGUAUCAUGAGGCGGAUUUUUUCUCUCUUCAAUAUUUUCAAUUUUAUAGAUUGUAUUACUAGUAAAACUAAGUAAAAGUCAACCAUUUUUUAAUUUUAUUAUGAAAUGUAUGAAUAUAUUUGAGGUCAGUUCGUUGUUUAUGUGUUUAACUUUCACAAAUUAAAAUUGCAUUAAUAAAUAGGCUUUUUGUGUUUAUGCAGUUACAUUCUGCCUUUUUUUAUAGGUAUAUAACAUUUUAAUCAUACAAGAGUAAAUUUUAAUAAAGUGAGGCAAACUUAGACUCUUUCUAUCUCGAAAUGACUGUCUGGAUCAAAAAAUCAAAAGGGGCGAUAGACC